AGUGUCAUUGCAUGUUAAUGAUGUGUGUCAGGUCAAGUUUAUGAUAGGCUCAUGUCAGUCACUCUCGUGUCAAAAACCUUGAGUAAAGUGUAACCUAAAUCUUUAGUAAAUACAAAAUGUUGUUUUCCCCAGUCAAGAAAGCAGGCAGAGACAGCUGCAGGUCCACAAGCAGUUCAAGAUGACCGUAGACCAGCAGACACACCAAAGGCCAGUGCAGCAGCUGGAAGUCAGGACACUGCAGCAAUGACGUGCUCCCUUUGCACUCAGGAAGUGUUGUCUGACCAGUUUACACAGCACCUGCCAGAUUACCAUGUCCAGGAGCAGUGUGACUGUUGUGGUGCAAAGGCCUGGGGUGCUCUCGGUUUAUCACAGCACCUUGAGAGCUGUCAUGUUUCAUCUCCUACACACAUCCCAAACAUCUCUCCUCCUACCCCUUCAGCCCUUCCCUCCACUCCCUCAGCCAAGGAGAUGACACAGAUCCAAAGCCUCCGUCCCCAACACACGCCUGCUCCAACCUGCCUCCCAGCCCGUGAGAUGAAGUCAGACCUCUGUCCACCUCCUGCUCCUGCCGCUCCCACAAUACCUGAGAUAGCACCAGCGACUCAGAGCAGCCCACCACUUCUUCCUGUCUCUGCUUUUGUUCCUCCUCCAGCAUCACCAGGGCCCCCGCUCCCACUGCGCUCUACAGAGGUAAGCCGGGCUAGGUUUUUACCCAAGCCAUUCUACAGGGUCAUCAAGCCAGGUGACCGGGAGUGGAUUGCCCACAUCCUCUAUGAGGCGAGUGGGCAGCUGAAGCAGGAUGUCAGGCAGAAUUGGCACCACCCCCCAAGCCCAAUCAGAUCCACGACACCUCCAAACCCACAUGAUUACUUUCACCAGAGGAUGUUCCUGUGGGCUCCAAUGCGCAUGUGGGGCAUCCCUCUGAAAUGCAUCCAGUGCAACCGGAAGAUAAACCACUCUGGAAUAUACCCGAAGGUUAGAGAGGUCAUCGAUGUGGACUCCAAAUAUUAUUUGAUAGGAGGAGAUUACCCAAGAUGCAGCCAGUGCAAACUACCUGUCUGUCCUUGGAGUAGUGACAUUUUAAAGCAGCUUGACCCCUCAAAGCACAAUAAAUUCCCUGCUGUAUUAACAACACAUUUGGCACUGGACAGAAAGUGUGUUACUCUUCUGCAUCCCAGAACAGCGGGGAAUAGCUCCAGUUACCUGCAGCAGGCCUUUCAAGAGGCACACAGUGAGGAGUGGGUGAGGAGCUUGUGUGAAUAUUUCACGGAUUGUGAAAUUCACAAAAAGUCCUGUGUCUGGCAGUCCCAGGCUGUUAAUGCACCACCACCACCCUUCUGUCCCCUGCCCCUGGCUCAGUGGUUUGAGACAGUUCAUGCCAAUGAUGUUGCGGGUCACCUCAAUGAGCUCAAAAGUGUCAUCACUUCAACAUUUGGCAGAAUUCUGAAGCUCGACUCCACUAAGAAGGUCAAUGUGCACAUAUACGUUUUUUUCAUUUUUUUUGAGGACACUGCGACAUGGAUGACCAACAUUGGAAAUGAGUAUGGUCAAGUCCUCAAUUCUGUCCUCACAACCGGUGAGGGGGCUGACCUGGAUGACAUGUGCCAAGGCAUCGUCAAACGGUACAGGGAUGCUGGUGAGCCACAGCCAGAAGCCAUCUAUGUGGAUAGAGACUGUUGCAGUGACAGAGGAGUGAGCCCAGUUCUUGAGUGGUUUCGGCCAUGGACGUCCACUGUACGGUUGGAUGUGUUCCACUUCAUGAGGCGAUUCACCAAUGGUCUCGCCACGGAACACCAUCCACUGUAUGGUACGUUCUGCUUAAAAUUGUUAAGCUGCAUUUUUGAGUGGGAUAAGCAGGACGUUUGCCAUCUUAAGGAGGCCAAGUGGGCAGAGAUGAAAAAGAAGCAUCAGGGCCAUGAGCCAACAGAUGCCCAGGUGUUGGCCAGCAUUACCUGUAGCGAGCUAGCUAAGCACUGCCGCAGGAGAACCCGGGGGGUGGAGGAGACCAGUGCCCUCAUCAGAAGUCUUCUUGACUCUAUGUGGCAGCUUGUGGAUGGCUGGGCUGCACCUCUCAAUCAUGAGAGCAUGUCUCGAGUGUGGGAGGUACAGCAGAAGCACCUUGCCUGCAUCCAGGAUCCACCAAGAGUGCAGCUGUAUACAAACACUGGAUCAGGGCUGGAGAAAGGGGACAGGACACUGGAUGUCUUAAGAUGCGGUAGAGGGUCCUCCUCCCUCGAGAGCUUCCACAAACACCAGUGUGCUUUCAUUCCAGGCAAGUUGAGACCUCACAUAUAGUUUAUUUUGUUGUUGAUGUUGUGUAUUAUGUUGCCAUAUUGUCACAAUCUGUUGAAAUCAGAGAUCCUGACUGUUGUUUCAUCAGGGUGGAGAUGCAAUGCAUUACACACACAGAUGUACAUACUUGAGGGUGUGUCACGGUGGAAUUUGAACCAGGCAGCACAAGCACUUUGCAUGACAGAGACAUCCUAGACAAAAAUUUAUGACAUACGCUUGAUGUCCAAUGUGAAUGUGCUGAGCAACCGAGUCUUGGGAAGACCACUUCUCCCUGAGUUCAUUCCUCCUGGGAAACCUACUGAAGAGCUUAUUGCUGUGCAAUACCUUCUGGCACAGUCCAACAGAGGAGAUCUCCUGAGCCAGCAGGUUGAUAUUGGUGGCAUCUUCUCAGAGAUUGUGGAUGAAGACCAGGAGGAUGAAUGUGCAGAUGUGACCAUACCACAAGCUACCGAUAUUGUACUGCAGGAAUCAACAUUCGGAAGUGGUGGUCCCAGGGACAGUGACACCUUCGCCAGGCCCCAAUCUCCAUCUGAGGAGAGUGACACAUUUGCCAGGCUCGCCCAUACCCCAUUUGAGGAGAGUGACAUAUCUGCCAGGCCCGCCCAGUCCCCAUUUGCGGAGAGUGACGUCUCUGCCAGGUCCAUCCAAUCCUCAUUUGAGGAGAGUGACGUCUCUUCCAGACCUGUCCAGCCCCCUUUUGAGGAGAGUGACGUCUCUGCCAGGUCUGUCCAAUCCUCAUUUGAGGAGAGUGACGUCUCUGCCAGACCUGUCUAAUCCCCUUUUGGGGAGAGUGGGAGAGUCACUCCGGACACCAGGUGUGAUUCCAGAGGGAUUCCUGGAUGGUAGGCAGUUGAUGCCUUGGCAGGGUACCUGGUUGGGCUGAACAGAACAAUAACCGCACUCUCUAAUGCUGAAGUGGCUGAAAUCUUGAGGUUGUAUUCCUGUUUGAAUGUCUUCAAUCAGACCCCCACAAGAUACACCCUCAAGAGCAAAAAAACAAUUUUGCGGGAACCUUGGAGAGCUUCACAGAAGCACAGUGGCUCUGCUCCAGGCCAGCAAGCAGCUGAAAGAUUGUUCAUGGUUCAUGGUUCAUGGUUCAUGGCCAGGCUGCUCACAGACCAGACCACAACAGAAUUUCUGAGUGUGUGGCUCUCAGGCUGUACAAGGAGUUCAUGGAAGCCAGAAAUAGGCCUACAGACAGCAAGGGGAGAACAUUUGCGGUACUCCAGGCCAUUGUUAUGACCUACUGCCAUAUCAAGCAGCUUGUUGAGGACUGCAAAGAGUUAAUGGAUAAGAGUGAUCUGGUGCUGGUAAACAUUAACAACACCAGUGUGUCUUCCUGGCUGCAUGAUCGCCAAAAGAGAACCGAACGGGAUUCUCUACUUCAGGGCGUACACCUUCCACAGCAGAUCGUCAUGGCUACUGAAUCCCUCCUUGAGGCCCGUGACCUACCAUCACAGUCAGUCCAGCAUGGGCACAGCCUUUUGGAGUUUCAGGAGCCACACACAGUGCCAGAACCCCAGUACCAGUGUCGUGUACCAUUCCACACUCUGGCAGAGGAGACGGAUUCAGUGCCCCAGCACACUACCAGAGCUGGUCCUCUUAUCUUCAGGGACACCUGUCACCCUCCUCAUCCACCCAGGGCUGGGCCACCACACACCUGCCACCCUCCUCAUCCACCCAGGGCUGGGCCGCCACACACGGCUGGGCCGCCACACACCUGCCACCCUCCUCAUCCACCCAGGGCUGGGCCGCCACACACCUGCCACCCUCCUCAUCCACCCAGGGCUUGUUCUCCACCUUCUGUUCUGACCAACCACCCCUAGGUUCAACACCACAGAGUGGGCACCAAGCUCUAGAUCCUUUCAAUCGCCAGUAUGAAUGGAGGCGACGCAAGGCAGCCCUUGAGAACGAGGAGCGAGUGAGGAGAGGUGAGCUCCCAAAGAAGCGUCAGGCUAAGGAGAGCUAUCACUAUGAGCGUAAGGAGUGUGGUCAGCCCAAACUAAACAAACUGGACACUCUCAGGUACGCGGGAAAUGGUACUGCCCUGCAUCUGGACAGACCCUUGAGGAGUGGAGAAGCUCUUUGUAAAUACACUUUGUGAAUACAGCCAACAUUUUAUUGAAAUAUUUUAAUAAUAUCUUUUUCAUUUUUUUAUAUAUUUUAUUUUAUUAAUCUUUUAUAUGUAUUUAUAUUUAUUUACAAGUAAAUAUGUUCAUUCACUGUUGCAAUCAUUUGCAAAAAAACAAAGGAAAAAAGCAGUAGUAUAAUUGCUAUUGCUGAAAAAAAUAUAAGUUGCUGUUGCAACUAUUUGCAAAAAAACAGGAU